UUUCUUUCUUAUAUAUCGUCUGAUUUAACCAUGGGCAAACAACACUCACGCAUGAGACCAAAGAUAGACAGGAAAACUGUUUUUGGAUUUCGUGAGCAAGAAGUGUACAGGAUUCCUGCUCUUUUCUACGACAGAGAUGGUCAAACCCUCAUGGCCUUUGCAGAGAAGCGGAGGACUUCAAAUGAUAACAGCUCAGUGGCGUUGGUCAUGGCAACAGGAAAGCUGGAAAAGGAUGAAACCACUUUAGAAGUGAAGUGGUCCGAGAUGAAACCGGUGGUGAGCGAGGCUCACCCUGAUGGAUACCGUCCUAUGAAUCCCUGCCCGGUUUAUGAGAAGACCAGCAAAACACUCUUUCUGUUUUUCAUCCGUGUUGAGGGCACUGUCUCAGAGCAGUGGCAGAGAUGGUGGGGCAGCAACAAGGCUCGUCUCUGCUACGUUACAACCAAAGAUGCCGGCCGAAGUUGGAGUGAUGAGACUGAUUUGACUGACCGACUGCCUGAAAUCAAGCAAUGGGCCACAUUUGCUGUUGGCCCGGGUCAUGGUCUUCAAACAAAGACCAAUAGGAUGAUUGUCCCAGUUUAUGCUUAUGCGUCUUGCUCCCACUCAUGUUGUUGUAUAGGAUGUUGUUGCUCCAAGCCAUAUGCACUCGCCCUGUACAGUGACGAUAAGGGCGAAACAUGGCACUUUGGCAACAUGCUUAAAAAUGUGUCACUUGAAUGUGAAAUGGCAGAGUUUAUUGAUGAUAAAAACCAAAGCAUUAUCUACUGCAAUGCCCGUACUGAGGGAGGCUAUCGAGAGGAAGCUGUGAGUAAAAAUAAUGGAGGGCAUUUUUCCGAGCUGAGUGGUGAACUUGUGGAAACAGGUAAAGGCUGUCAGGGAAGUAUAGUCUCCUUUCCAGCUCAAAGUGAAGCUGGGGAUACAGAGGGAAACCAAAACCAGAGCCCAAACAAGUGGUUGCUCUUCACUCACCCAACCAAUAAGUCCAAAAGGAUUGAUUUAGGAGUGUAUCUGAAUAGAUCUCCUGGCAAACAAAAUGUAAAUGCAUGGAGCAAACCCUGGGUCAUUAACCCUGGACCCAGUGGCUACUCAGACGUGGCCUACAUUGAUAACGGUUGCUUUGCAUGUCUUAUGGAGUGUGGGAAGAAAAGUGAAAUUGAACAGAUAGCCUGUAGGUUGUUCAGCUACGAUGAUGUCAAGCAGGGCAUUGAAAAGUAAAAAUCCAUUGUUUUUACUUGACACGACACCUUUCAAUGUGGCUGUACAAGAAAUUAUGUAACCUGAUGUGUAAAAUAUAUACAUUUCUAUAUAUGAAUGCAAUAUACUUACAGUACAUAUAUUAAAUGUGUUGGAUAAUUGGUGCAAUCAAUGCUAUGAUCACUUACACCAUCCAUUCAAAUGCUUAAUUCUGGUUGAU